ACCUUAAUUAUAGUUGCUCGGGUAAACAAAUGGAAGCCGGAUUCCGAGUCACGAAAAUGAAUAACCAUGGAUCACUUCUCAGCCACUGUGUGGCCAUCUUGGAUAGCUUUGAUCCUGCAGCCUUUGGUGUCGACCAACAUGUUAAGAGAUACUUGAAUGCUCAUGAAGUUUUAGAUGAAGUGGAGAGAUCUUUCAUCACUGAGGUAUUUGCUGGCUGCGUGCGACAUGGUCGGAUUAUGGAGGUCAUCGUCAAAGCGUUCUAUGUCAGAGAUGGCAGGAAUUGCUUACGAGCUGACAAAAAUCUUUACACAGUACUGAGUUACCUUGCCCUGUAUAGAUUAGAUGAACUUGGAAUGGCCAACUACAGGAAGUUUAUACGAUCACAAGAUGUCAAUAAAAUGCACAAAUACCUGGCCUUCAGCUUUGAUGAGACACAUUUGAAAACCUGGAUGAAAGACGAAUGGACCAAGAUUUAUGAGAGCUCUUACGUUCAGGUGGAACUCAUUUCACCAAUUCUCAGAUGGUUACCUGAGCUUGGUGAAUUGAUAAAGCAGCUUGAAAACAAGAUAGCCAACAAAUCAGCUACACAACGCAAAGUCAGAACACCAACAGAGAUCAAAGCAUUCAAUAUUACUCAACCGAGACCCAGGAGUGUACCGGUGCCAGACAAGAUACCACAGGUCAAAAAGUCAAAACCGGUUCCAAAGUCGACAUACAAUCUCCCCAGAGAAGAUACCCUUGUUGUAGAAGCAAAAGAAAGAAACAGGAAAAGAGCAGAGGAGAAUCUACUUAAUGCAGCCAAGUCUCAGUUUUCAUGUGCAAGUGCUGAAAAGUCAGACAAGACGUUAAUCCGUAAGGCAGCGAUCUUGAAAGAUGAAGAGAGUAAGCUCCAAUUCAACAAAGUGAAGGCAAGAAAAAUUCCUGAAGCAGUCUCUAAUAAUGUUCCCAUCAAACUCAAUAUGGCAGCCAUUUUGAGGGAAGGACAACUCUAUCAGAAAAGGGAAGAAGAUGAAAUGAGAAAGCUUGAGCAGCUAGAGGCCGGAGCAAAGGAUGCUUCUGAGUUCUUAGAAUGGCAGACAUCGAUGAGACAGAAGGAUACCGAUGAACAGCUUGCUGAGAUUGAAAGGAAACGACUUGAAGGCAAACUCAGCCACGAAGAAGCCAUCUUGGCCAGACAGUCACUCAUUAAAGAGAAUAAAGAGAAGGUUCUCAUCAUGAAAAAAGAGGCUGAAGAUAUGAUGGCCAAAUAUGUAGAGAGGAGAAUGAAAGAGGAAGAGGUGAUGAAGAGAGUGGUAGAAGAUAUCAUCUCAGGACACCAGAAUGCCAAGCAAGCAAAGGUUAAGAUGCAGGAGUAUAACAGGAAAUUGGUUGAGGAAGUGAGUGAAGAAAGCAAGGAACUCCUGAGGCAAGCUUUGGAAGAAGCGGAAGCUGAGAUGAGGAGGAAGAUAGACCUGAUUCAGCAGAUCCGAGCUUUGGAGGCGGCGCCCAAGGACAGGACCAAGCUGAUUGAUUGGACGGCUACAGCAGGCCACGCCCUCCUCUCUGAGAUGUCCAUAGCUGAGCUGAAAGAAAGAGUAUCACUUUUAAGGAUAGCUGAAGAAGAAGAGAGAGAAAGCAAGAGAGAUGAGAUCCUGGAAGCCAAGGAAGCUAAAGAUCGUUUCUUGAUGGAUAAACUACAACAAAUCUCUAAACAUCGCGCUGCUGAGGGACAAGUAGCAGCAAUGAAAUUGGAGAGUAAACGCAAGGCCAAAGUGGAGAAGGCUGAGAUCAAAGAUCCAAAGCUUCAGGAUCUUCAAGCUAAACUCGAUCAGAGGAAACAAGAGAGACUCAAGACCACUCAGGAGAUGAAGAUUUCACCUACCAAGAAAUCUGCAAAUCGUACAAAGACACUCAUUACACAAAAGAAAAAGAACGAAGACAGCAGAUGGAAGGAGCUAGAGCGCCGUCGUGAGAAGCAAGCCUCUCUUCAGUCCCAGGGUAUACCUACAGAUGUUGCUGGUCAACGAUUGAAUUCUUUUGGGCGUUCAAGACAGAUGGCUACAGGGGCAGUAUCAUCAUGAAAAUAGGGUGUAAAGCUAGCUAAGCCUAGGAUUAUAUUCCUCUUCAUGUGCUAAUGAUGAAUCAUAAAUUGUCAGAAAUGAUGAAAUUAUCCUUCAAUUCAAUUAAAUUUAUAUUAAAUGGCAGUGGAUCUGUCAUUUAUGAAUUUGGUUGUUGUAUUCAUGAGAGGUAUUCCAUAUUGUGAAAUUUAUUGUUUCACUCUGUUGUCAAACAUAGCUAUGUAAAAUUAGUUAAGACUGAGAAUAUAAGAUAACUUAUUUAUCAUAACUUGCACAAUUAUUUAUCAAUUAAAAUUAUGACUAUAUUGAAAUCACUAUGAAGCAUAGAAGAUUAUAGAUUGCCUUUCAACUGUCGUGAUUUAUUUUCCCCAUUUUCUGAGUUACAUUCAUCCUAGUGUGUAUGUUUAACAGUUCACCAUUGUCUGUUUUUUGUCACAAUCAUUCAAAUUAUAGUAGACACUUCACUGUAAUUCUUUCUGAGAAAUGAGUAUGGUCUUCAAAGAACAUACUUUCUCUCAGUAUGUACUCUUCCUGACCUUGAGAAAAUGAGUGUUUCGUAGAAAAGGCAGGCUGUUCUAAGAUCACUUUCUUUUCCAAGAAAGAAUUGUGCACCUUGGAGAUUUUGUCAUAAGAAGAUCUCAAUUAAAAAAGAUACUUUAUAAAUCUGAUGAGAAAACGCAGAAUUGUACACCUAGGGGGUUUUUCACAAAGAUUUAAGUAUGACUUAAAUGCUGACGCGUAUCUGAAAGUGGAGCAUUGUGGCCCAGUGGAUUUGUCUUCUGACUUUGAAACAGAGGGUCAAGGGUUCGAAUCCCAGCCAUGUCGUAAUUUCCUUCAGCAAGAAAUUUAUCCACACUGUGCUGCACUCAAUCCAGGUGAGGUGAAUGGGUACCCGGUAGAAAGAAAUCCUGGAAUGCUUGAGCGCCUAGGCAGCCCAGCUAAAUCCAGGGUAAUGAUAAUAGCAGGGCCCGCUGGGAGAACAGUUUUCAGAACUGAAGUGGCUUCCCUGGGUAAAUAUACCAAUAUUAUUAUUAUUAUCUGAAAAACAACGCGCAAUCAAUACGCAGUACUUCGCGUCCUCUCUGCAUGAUAUGACCAAUGCAGUUAUGCCUUUAAUAACGCGCGCAACUAGGCAUUUAAGUGCGAAUCUAAGUCAUACUUAAAUCUUUGUGAAACACCCCCCCCCCUCCCGGGUUUUGUACAAACAUCCAUUGAAGUUUACAUCAAAAGUAGAUGCCACUUCCUAAUAGAAUAUAAACAUUCCAUUUGUUCCUUAAUUGAAGGAACAAUUUGCAUGUUUUCUCUCAGCGACACGCAUGUAAUGAAGUGUGUUCAUGCUAGAACAAUCCUCACUACAGACUGUUUUCACAAAAAUUAACGCAGCAAUUUGCCCAAGCCAAAUUCUAGAAUAUGGUCAAUUAUUAAGUUUCUGUGAAUUUAUAUACAACUUUGAAUGUAUCAUUCAAUCAAGGACAGAGAAGUGACUCACCGACAACUGAAAUGAAUAUCAAGAAUCUAUGGACAGUUAAUGGACCAAUCAGAAUCCAUUAUGUUAGCUGUUAAUAUAAAUCACGCCCUGCAAUGUGUUCAUAAGUAACAACUCCCAAGUGAAAGGACAAUUUUUUUUUUAUUGAACUGAAGUUUGUUCAACUACAGUUAGAAUACAAGUGCGUGGAUUAUUUACAGAAGCAGAUCAAGGCUGUUUUCUAUGAUGCAUGCUUUGAUGUUUAUACAUGUAUAUGAAUGAUAUAUAUUAUGCAAUGUAAAUAAAUAUUGUACAUUAAUGUGAAAUAAAGAUUUAAUGAAAAUGUA